AUGAGUAUAGUAACAAUAGGGUCUUACGAUGGUUUCUUAGCUGGGUGGGAAUUUCACCGAGUAGAUGGAGUGGUCAAAUCGAAACAAACAUUUGGCUUUAAAGUACAGGACACAUGUAUCAAGACGAUAACUGUUUCGCCACAAUUUUUGGCUCUUGGUGGGUCUGAGGAGUACGUUAAAGUGUACGAUUUAGCAAAGAAGAGGGAAGUUUCAACAUUAUUAGAUUUCAGUGGUCCUGUUGUCCGAGUCGUAUUACAAGACAAAAAGUUGUACUGUGCAUCGAGUGAUGGGUAUUUAACCACUUACUCAAUCAACAGAGACAAAAUUGUCAUAUUCAAUAAAACAUAUGUGAUGAAGAGAAUCGAAGAUUUGGCUGUCGAUUCUACUGGCAAAAUAGCAUUGUGUAUUGGGAAAGAGGGUCUGAGUGUUAUAAACACUUUGAAAGCCACGGUGGUUUUCCAGAGAAAAUUGAAGUUUGCUGCCGAGGGUGUUGCGUGGAUCGGACUGAAUAAAUACAUCGCUAUAUCAGAGAAAGACACCGUCCACAUAUACAACAGAAAAUUCGAGGAGAUCCAAACUCUGAAAUGCGGUGAACGCGAUAAAGUAAGAACAAUGUCAUCACUCAGUGACAUUCUUGUUGCCGGCACCGAGAAGGGGGAUGUCUUUUCGUGGAACUUUGCUGAAAAGAAAGAAAAACAAGACGCCCCCAAAGAGCCCCAACACGACGAAAACAAUGAAAAACCCUCAGAACAAAAUACGUCACCCGAAGCAGGUCCAGAGACCGAAAAGGAAGUGAAAGAAGAAGAAGUUGAACACAAAGAUGACGAGAAAGAAAGUAGUGAAGUCGAGUUACAUGAAGAAGAAUCCAAAGACAUUCGAAUGAAUGAAGAAGCCGAUGACGAAGAAGAAAAGAUGGAAGAAAUUGAAGAAGAAGAAAAUGACAGUUCGAGUGAAGAAAGUGUUGACGAUGGAAGUUUCCCACACACAAAGAAGAUCAAAAUCGCAGAUGGGAGAAUUCGAGGAGUGGAGAUGAUUUUAAUCGACGACUGGGUUGGAUAUGCCGUCGGAUUUAGUAGUGGAAAACUUUGCAUAGUGAGUAGAAGUGGAAAAGUGUUGAUGGAAAUGGAGACUGGGCUUAGAAUAACAACAUUGAGCACAUCGAUGCUUCAGUAA